AUGGCCGAAAAACAGCUGUAUGAGGUUUCAGGCCCUGAAUAUGUCGCGAGCGCCGAGUCACCAGUGGAUCGCAAGGAUCGCAACAUUGGAGAAGCUGCCGAAAUCUACGGAGAUAUCCAAACUGCUGAGCAUUAUGGCUAUGUUACCCGUGGACUCAAGUCCCGUCAUAUUCAAUUCAUUGCCUUGGGUGGUACAAUUGGAACCGGUCUCUUCUUAGGUAUUGGAUCGGCCUUCACCACGGCUGGCCCUCUUUCGGUGCUCCUAGGUUAUACCUUUACCGGAUUUGCCAUUUUCGCCAUGAUGCAAUGCUUGGGAGAAAUGGCAACAUGGCUUCCUCUUCCCGGUGCUAUCCCUCAGUUCUGCUCCCGUUACGUCGACGAUGCUAUGGGUUUCGCUGUCGGCUGGAACAACUGGUACAAUUCUGCUAUUACUCUUUGCGCCGAAAUCUCUGCCGCGUCCAUUGUCAUCGGCUUUUGGAACGACGAUAUCAAUGUUGCAGCAUGGAUCUCAAUCAUCAUUGUUGUCGUCCUCUGUCUCAACAUUUUUGCUGUGUCCAUCUAUGGUGAGGCCGAAUUCAUAUUCGCCAGUAUCAAGAUCGUCACCAUUGUCGGACUCUUGAUCCUUGCUCUUGUCCUCGACCUCGGUGGCGGCCCGAAUCACGACCGUCUGGGCUUCCGUUACUGGAAACACCCCGGUGCGAUGAAGGAAUACAAGAGCAAAGGUGAUCUUGGCCGCUUCUUGGGUCUCUUCUCCACCUUGGUCAACGCGGCUUUCAGUUAUGGUGGUGUCGAGAUGGUUGCCGUCGCUGCCGGCGAGGCCGAGAACCCAAGAAAGAACAUCCCCAAGGCCGUCCGACGUGUCUUCUGGCGUAUCCUCUUCUUCUACGUCCUGGGAUCCCUCGCCAUCGGUGUUUUGGUGCCGUACAACGACGCAAAGCUUCUUGGUGCUCAGGCCGCUGGUGCUCCUGGUGCUGCUCGUUCCCCAUGGGUCAUUGCCAUCUACCGUUCCGGCAUCAAGGUUCUCCCUUCGAUCAUCAACGCCGUCAUCCUCACUUCGGCCUCAUCUUCCGCCAAUGCUUUCCUCUACACUGGCAGCCGCUACCUCUUUGCGCUCGCUCAGGACAAGCAGGCCCCUCGCUUCCUCCUUAAGUGCUCCAGAACUGGCGUCCCCUACUACUGCGUUGGAAUCACCGCGUCCAUCUCGCUCCUGACCUACUUGAGCUGCUCCAGCGGUGCCAACAAGGUGUUCUCCUGGUUCCAGAACCUCGUCACCAUUGCCAACCUCUUCACCUGGAUCUCGAUCCUCAUCGCCUACCUGCGCUUCCACAAGGCGCUCCAGGCCCAGGGCGUCGACCGCAACACUCUCGUCUUCAAGUCGAGAUGGCAGCCCUACACCGCCUGGUUCGCGCUCAUCUACUUCCUCGUCAUCAUCCUCUUCAACGGCUGGGCCGUCUUCGUCCACGGCGACUGGAACGUCAGCGACUUCCUCGUCGCCUACAUUGGCAUCCCCAUCUACCUUGGCCUCUACGCCUUCUGGAAGAUUGUCAAGCGCACAAAGUUCGUCAAGCCCGAAGAGGCCGACAUUUACAGCGGCAAAGCCAUCCUCGAUGAAGAGGACAGCAAGUGGCCAGAGCAAGUGCCCAGAAAUUUCAUCGAAAAGAUUUGGUUCUGGAUUGCCUAA